UGGCGACUCCAGUGUCUGGAGUCACUUCCUCACACGGUACUGCGUCUCACAGGGACUCACCUCCUCAUACGGCACUGCACUUCACCACGACAACACCGUCUCCCACCUGUCGUUAACCAUGCUUAGCCUCAUCAGACUACCUCGCGUCUUCACCGUCCAUCAAGUGCCAAAAGCAUUCCAGGAGGAUAGCAUAAUUUCAGGCUAUCGCCAUCCUCGCAGUUCAGCAACUGACUGCGUCCUAAGCCUCUUCCAGCUGACCAAUGAGACGCUGAAUAUCUGGACACACUUCCUUCCCACAUGGUACUUCCUGUGGAAGUUGCUGACGGUGGUGCUGAUGCAGGAUGUGUGGCAUGACGCCUACACCUGGCCGCUGCUGGUGCUCUUGGUGUCCUGCUGCGUGUACCCGCUGGCCUCCAGCUGUGCCCACACCUUCAGCACCAUGUCCACCAGUGCCCGCCACAUCUGCUUCUUCUUCGACUAUGGCGCCAUCAGCUUAUACAGUCUAGGCUCGGCUGUCACGUACUCUGCUUACGUAAUGCCAGAUGGCUGGUUAAAUAGUACCUUUCACAAGUACUUCAUCUCCAUUGCCGUCUUUAACACAAUCAUCUCCACCGCCAUGGCUUGUUACUCCAGGCUUGGCUUACCAUUUCUCCACUAUAACCAUGACACCCUUAAAAGAUUUCCUGAGUGCCAAAGCCCAAAGCUGGGCCAGCUGAUCCGCAUACUGUCCUUCGCCUUCCCUUACUUGUUUGACAACCUUCCCCUUUUCUAUAGGCCCCCCCCCUUGUGUGUUUUGGUUCGGGAAGGCUGCACAGUUAACGAUGCCAACGCGCUGCACUACCGCCACAUCGCCCUGGCGUUCCUCACUGCAUUCCUGUGUGCCACUCACCUGCCCGAGCGCCUGGCUCCAGGACGCUUUGACUUCAUAGGCCACAGCCACCAGCUGUUCCAUGUGUCUGGGGUCAUCGGCACCCACUUCCAGAUGCAGGCCAUCGAGAUGGACAUGCAUCUGCGGCGCCAGUGGCUCUCGGAGCGUUCAGCGCCCAUCACACUCUCGGGGACGUUUGGAGCAGCUGCCCUGUGCGUCUCCAUCAGCCUGGUCAUCAUCUACCUCUUCAGCCUCUGCCUGCUGCGGCGCCCCACCAACAGGAAAGCCCAAUGCCCCAACGGAAAAACCCGAGGCUGCAGCAGCGACUGAAAGCACUUGUGGCUGUGUGUGUGUGAGUGCCUGUUGAUACUGGACUGGGGCCAGUUCAACAACAAAGACUUAGUAGUGCUUUGUGAGGAAUCUGACGACCUUUCACGACCUCGACUAUGCACUACACUGAGAGGGUAUACUCUAAUCAGCUAUGAUUCACAGACGCAACAUACCUAGGAAGUCAGGGUGGAUGAAAAAACAAACAGUGAAACCAGACUUAUGAGAGAACACAGAGUGUGUGUGUGUGAGAGAGAGAGAGAGAGAGAGAGAGAGAGAAAGACAGAGAAAGAGAGAGACAGUGACAAAAGGAUUUACACUUUUCAAAAACAGGUGCUGUGCUGUGCUGUUUCUGUCUUUACUUCAGGCAAGGGCAUGUCGUCUGUGUACUAUUAAUAAUUUUCUCUUGCGAUUAUUUUUGGCCAGUUUACAACUGUCACUGUUAGUUGAAGAUGAAUCCACUGAGCUUCAAAAACAAUGUAUAUCACAAACAAAGUUUAUACAGUAUGUGAAGUAUAUAUUCAUAUUUUAUUUGACUUCCACACACUGACCUGUUAUGUUACAAAACCACCUCAGGAUAUACUUUUCAAAAAGCUGUUUAAUUUCUGCAGCGGCUAAAGAUCUUUUUUAUUGGUUAACCGAGACCUCCACCCCUUGUUACAGUAGAAAAGGGUAGUCAUACAGGUUGCAUAGCAACCAGUGCCAAACCUUUCCACUCUCAGUCUAAGAGAUUAUUAUUAUGUUUUUUUUUUUUUUGAGAUUUCAAUUUGUGACAUAUAAGAUGAAGAAUGUUGAAGUACCUGCUCGCAGUGAUGACAGCAGAGACAGAUCCCCCCUCAGUGCUCUGUGAUGUAUUGUUAUGACUGUGAAGACAGGAAGCAAGACAUGAAGACGAUGCCGUGACGGGAGCAGGGGCUGCUUUCAGCUCCGCGAUUUCUGAAAGCACUUAGAGAUUUCUGGAUUUGUUUAGUUUAGCUAUGAAUACACAUCCAAAAUCUAUUACAUUAUUUAUGAAAGACAGCAAUGUAGAAUGUCUGCAGAAUAUUUAACAUGUUGCGUUGAAGCCAGAAAACUUUGAUGGGUGAAUUGUAUUGACUGGAUUGUGUUCCCUGAUGUUGUAGGCUAAUUUUAUGUAUUUCUUUUAUUUCAAAAUAAAUGUUACAUUCUCAUAUUGCACAGAUACACAUAUAAAAUGCUUGAUGGUUUCCGGUUUUCUAGAUAUCAUAGGCAUAGUAAAUAUCUUGAUCAAAACAAGCACAAUUGCUUUUGUGAUUUUGAUUGUCAAGCACUUUUAGACAAUGGGGCCAAGUCAUACAUUGGCUAGUUGAGUGUUAUUUUCAUACAGUAUAUCUUUGUUUUUCCUUCAGGUGACUUUGUCAUCACCCAUCAAAGUCACAACCAAAAUGCCAUUUCACACAAUGAUAAACUCUUAAAAUGACUGUUGAUAAAUGAUCAGCCAAAACUUACUCUGCUAAGGUGUUGAUCUGCCAAAAAACCUUAACCUUAAGUGUCUAUGUACACUAUGAAGCAUGACAAGAGGACAACACGUAUAGUAAGGCAGUGUAGAAUAGAACUGGUAUGACUGGUAGAAUAGAACUGGUACGAGAAAUGGUGUGCUAUAGCAUUUAAUAAUAUCAUAAUUUUAUGACUUACGUGUGCUAUUCUGUAAACAAGUUAUAAGGUACUUUGAUGAUUAAACAGAGAUUGUAUGGCCUGAAUAUUUUCAAUAAAUUGCCUAGCCAGAAAAUAUUAA